AUGUCUCUCCACCACUUCCUCGCCCCCUUCACUAUAUCCGAAACCACCCUCUUCACCCUGGCCGACCGCUUCUCCCACAUUUACAAAAACCUCGCAGCCAGUUCCGUAGAGCAGUUCUUCCCCACCCCCGUCACGCGCUUACCUACCGGUAGGGAAAAGGGACGGUAUCUAGCUGUGUAUGUAGGAUUGUUUUAUCUGCGGGUAGCGUUUAUUGAGCUUCUGGGUGAGCCGACGGGACAUACGCCUCUGCAGAGACAGCGGGUUCGGAGGACGUUGGAGAAGGCGUGGUCGAUUGAGGAGCGGUUGAAGAGGGAUCGGGCGAGGGAGCUUUUCAAGUGGAUUGGGGAUUGUAUUGCAGAGGUUGUUAAGGAUAGACUGGAUGGUGAGGGCGAGGGUGAUGGGGAUGGGGAGGAUGAGGUGGUGAUGGGGAUUUCAUUCUGUUUUCCUAUGAAACAAACAUCUCUUGAUGAAGCAAUCUUGAUGCCAACAGGCAAAGGCUUCGCUUUAUCAUCCGACCUCAACCUCCGCCAGGCUCUACUCGACGGGUACGAAUGCCACACAAUCCGUCACGAUGAAGAACCAACAGCCAAACGACAGAAACGACACGCUCUCCCUAAACUCAAGAUAGCAGCCAUGACCAACGACACCGUAGCCACCCUCGCCUCGCUGGCAUACUCGAUCAAAUCCCUCCCCAACAGCCGUGUAGUCAUGGGUCUGAUCGUAGGCGCAGGCUGUAAUGCCACCGUGCCCAUGAAACUCACCGAUCUCCACGCCUCCAAAACGAGCCAUAUUCGCGCAAACGACCCAUCCGCCACCCAUACCCUCGUCUGCACAGAAUGGACCCUCCACGGCGCAGCCAAACCCCUCCGAGACCUCAACCUCGUCACGCCCUGGGACACGCAGCUCGAAUCCCACACCGAUCGCCCGGGGUUUCAGCCCCUCGAGUACAUGACCGGAGGCCGAUACAUCGGCGAACUGGUCCGCAUCGUGACGGUCGAUUAUCUAACUCGAGAAUUGGGCAUUGCGCGAUCUUCCCUGCCCGUGGCUCUCACGAACAAACAUAACGCACUCACCACCGACUUUCUAUCGCUCGUUGUUUCACCCUCCACCUGCGAUGACUCGCUGUGUCGGACCCUCGCUGCCAAAUUCCCCCCGCCUGAGUCAAGUGUCUGGCAGUGGACUGCAUCCGCCGCGGGCGCUCUGCGCGUUAUCGCAUCCACCGUCCAGACUCGUUCUGCGGCGUUGGUGGCAGCUGCCACGGUUGGGCUGCUUGCGUGCACGGGGGAGAUCCGACUCCAUAACGACCUAGAUAGUGGCAAUAAUAGUGCUAGUAGCGCGGUGUCAUGGCAGCGAGGACCGGAAGAACUGGUGGUGGCGGUAUCCGGGGGCGUGGUGCAGCAUUAUCCCAAGUUCAAGGAGACAGUGCAGUGGCAGAUCGAUCGACUCAUGAUGCGAGCAGGGCCGCAAGACGGGGGGAGAAGCGUGUUUCUUCGGGAGGCGAGCGAUGGGGGGAUUAUCGGGGUGGGUGUGUUGGCGGGCACGGUGGCUGGGAAGAUUGAGGGGAUUAUUGGAUCGACGUUGGCUCCUACGAGUACAUAG